AUGUGGUCCUCCCGAGAGCCGCGCAAGCUCCAUAAAGCUCCACCGGCAGGAGAGCUUUCAUCACGAGCUUGGGAAGAGGAGUGGGAUGGCCCCGAUCUUAUAACAAACCUACCCGGCAAUGAGCUCGCCACACUCAUCAACCACGAGCUUCGGUUCCCCAAGCUUAUCGGCGUCGAUGUGCUCUGCUCAUACAUUAAAGUGGACGGGCUUACUCGGUUGCUUUCUUCCUUUGAAGCCCUGGCGAAAAGGCCACAGCUAGCUCUGGUCCGGAUGAUCACCACCACCCAGCACCAACUCACCGAAGUCGCCGCACUUCAGAAACUCUCCAGCUUUGGCAACGUCGAAAUCAAGGUUGUCGUUUGUGACAAACCAACCUUCCAUGCGACAAGCUGGCUAUUUCGGCGCUCAUGUGAUGAAAGCGAACAUGCCUCGGGCUGCAUGUGUCGUUGCGUCGCCGUCAUCGGAUCGUCAAACAUGAGUUCUUCAGCGCUCACUACAGGGUUCGACAUGAAUGUGCGGCUCCCCGGCACAUCACGCUCAGGUAUGGUGACGGAUAAUCUUGCCGCAAUGCAGGACUUCUCCAUCACUUUCGACCACUAUUGGGAUGGCCGGAAUAGCUUCUGGGGUGAUCCAAACAACGUUGUCCAGUUCCAUAGUUCCCGGCCAAGCGAGUGCCAUCUCGUCAUGGAGCGACUUCGUCAGCGGGACUCAUCGAAAUGUGACAAUCCGUCAUGUCAAGACUGUAUUGCCCACGCCGACCAUGUCCGGCUCAGCCGGCCCAGGCGACCGGUACGGCCCCGCUUGCUGAGCGCUUCCCUACCAAUUCGUCCGCCGUUAGGUGAAUCCAUCUCCGGCAUGGCAUGGCAGGCUGCCACCUACCCGACUGACCAAAGCGCCACCUCAACAUCUGCUUCUCCUCAGCCACUACUCACGCCGUCGCUUCAUAGGUGCUUGCUUGCUUAUUACGCAGCCGCUCACGGAUAUAUGACGGACGACCUCGCUAACGUCGACAUCAACCAUCAAGAGGUGGAACUUGGCCUCAAUGGGAGCACACUGCUGCACUGCGCUGCGUACGGCACUCACCCAGAAACCGUAGAUGCUCUUCUCAACCAGGGGGCCGACCCUAAUUUGCGCGACAGCCUUGGCAAUACCGCCCUACACCGCGCGUUGCAGUCAUUUUGCCCUCUGCCCGAUGGGUCUGAGUACGACCCGGACACUUUGCAGGACUACCUUGAUCGACAAGCCAGGGUUGUUAGGAGCCUCCUAACGCAUAUGGGCGGUAACGCAUUAUCAGUCGAAAACUCCUAUGGCCUGAAACCCAUCGAGUAUUUGAUUGCGCUAGAUCAAAGCGAUGGCCGCCUAAUCGAUUAUGGUAUUCUCGCAGAGUCUCCCGGAAGAGAAGUCAAAGGUGAAAUCGCUGAGAAGGUUUUUGAAAAACACAAAAUCCCACCCGUGUGGUCGUUAGAUUCGAACCGCCUCCACGAGUACGGGGAAGCUGGAAGUGACAGACAACUGCUAUUUGACCAGUGCCGGUAUCCAAGAUGGGAGGAGUUGGAUAGAAUCAUCGAGAAUCCGAAUGAUGCUAGCCAGCCCCAUUCCGAUCAGUCGUCCCUGAGACUUGAGGGUAGGCUCUCCACAGGUGCGAACCCUGCGGAACCGGGCGGUGGAAACUAUUGGGGACGUGGAGUUUCAUAG